GAUUAAUUGCUGCGUGCGUCUUUCUUGUAUUAACAUCCCAAAUAUAUUGAUAAUAACAGUCAUUAGUAAUUCCCGCAGAGACAGACAGACAGAGGGGGGGCGAUGCGGUGAGUUUGUCGCCGCCUUGUGGACGCGGCCGGUACUGUCGCUGUUUAACGAGGUAAUGUUUUUUCUCGCAGCAGCAGUGUGAGGAUAACAAGCCAGCGGAUCUGAGCUGCGGUUAAAAGCGCUUGUCAACCGACCGACCAACCGACGGCUGAUAAGCUGAAAACAUUUCUCAACACGAAUUUCUUGUUUUUAAAAAGCAGCAGCGACGAAGAUUUGUACGUGUGUGUGUGUGUGUUUGUUUAUCUUCACGGGACGGGAGUUUGUCCGAGGAUUAACACACCAGACUCGGCUGAAAGAAGCGGCUGCGAUAACCGAUUUUUAAAGAGUUCAAAUUGUUGGAUUAUUCUUCCUUUUGCUUCAUUUGUUGAGGAUUUUUUUUUUUCUUUUGCUCUCUUGUUUGUUGUCUGAUGAUUUGAGCGUUGGACAAAGUGUGGAUACAGACCGAGCGGACACUUGUUGAAACAUUUUUAAACCGAGCGAACCGUUUUUUUUCACCAACCGCCAGUGCGCGAGCUCUGCUAACGUCGCUAAAUUAAAACAAAACAGCUGCUACUACAACUUUCUCUUGACAACAAGCGCCACAUAUUUUCUGGAUUACCCUCCCCGUGUGUGUGUCUGUGUAAAUGUUGGCCGGUGUCGAGCGUCUGCGAGUCGGCAAAGUGCGUCGAGAGAUGGCACUGACAGCAGCUUAGCUUCGGUUUAGCUUAGCUUUAGCGGCUAACGCGAUGCUAGCGUCGGAUUCAAACAAGUGGUCCGCUUUAAAAAAAGAAAAAAAUGUCAAAAUGAAGUCGUUUAACUUCUUGUAACCGACGCGCCGGCUUUUAAAAUGAGUUGUUAGACUCAGUCGGAUGAGUUGCAAAUGUUUUAAUUGAUUCGACAACUUUUUUUUUGUUUUGUUUUUGUAAACAUUAGCUUAGCCACUGCUAGCUCAUACUCUGAAUUAACUCUAUGGCUUUAACGGAGACACUUUGAAGAUUAAAACAACUACCAGCAACACCUUUCCACUCCUCUUUAAAAAAAAAAAAAGUAGCUGAAGUUUUGUUAGAAACACUGCGGCCCGCACCAUGUCCGGCUCCCCGGGCACAGGUGGCUCAAACCCGAGGAAGUUCAGCGAGAAGAUCGCGCUGCACAACCAGAAGCAAGCAGAGGAGACGCGGGCCUUUGAGCAGCUGAUGACAGACCUCACUGUUUCCAGGGUCCAGUUUCAGAAGAUCCAGCAGCUUCGUUCGUCUCAGACACGGGCGCCGUACUAUGGAGGCUCUCUGCCUAACGUCAAUCAGAUUGGCAACGCCAGCACUGAAUUUCAGGGUGGAUUUCCGUCAGGGUUGGACUCAGUCAGAGGGACCCGCCAUCACGGAUUGGUCGAGAGGGUCCACAGGGACCGCAACCGCAUCAACUCUCCCCAUCGCCGACCCAUCGACAAGCAUGGACGGCAGAUAGAGAGCUCUCCCUAUGGAGCUGUGUACCUGUCCCCACCUCUGGACAACAACUGGAGAAGGGAACAGCAGCCAUGGACUGAGGAAAAACGGCCUGGGUUUAGAUUAAUAUCACAACUCAACAGAACCAACUCGGACUCUGCUCUGCAUACGAGCGCUAUGAACCCAAACCCUCAGGACCCCUUUGGCAUGAAUCAGCAGAUGGGUCGAGGUCCCCCACAGCGUAAUGGUUGGCAUGCAGCUAGUGUAAAUGAAGCAGAGGUGGACGGCUCUGGAAAUGUCUUCUCCUUCCCCUCUCUGCCAAACGAGGAGAGUCUAAUAGGUGUCAGUAAGCCCCUUCCCAAGCAGCUGUGGGAGGCCAAGAAGGUCCAGUCUCUGGCAUCGAGGCCUAAAUCAUGUGAAGUGCCUGGAAUCAACAUUUUCCCGUCUCCAGAGCAGAACCUCGGUCUGUCCCACUACCAGGGCUUGUUAAAUACCGGCGGCUCCCUGCCUGACCUCAGCAACCUGCACUUCCCAUCACCACUCUCCACCCCGCUGGAUCCUGAAGACAACGGAGGGUACCCGAACCUCAGCGGGGGCAGCAGCACCGGAAACCUGCCAGCCGCCAUGAUGCACCUAGGCAUUGGCAACUCGCAGGGUCUCUCCUCAUCUCUGAGCAAUCCCUCGAUCCAGGCGUCCCUCAACAACUGCCAGCUGCAGUCAUCGCUCAGCAAUCCUUCCAUCAACUCGUCCCUGCGUCUGUCCAACAACUCCCCCCGGCGACGGCCAGCUCCCAUCAGCCCCCUCACCCUGUCUCCUGGCAGCGAGCAGCGCCGGGGUCUGGCCAAGCAGCUGUCCCCCACCAUGUCCCCCUCGCUGUCUCCCAUCACACAGGGAGUUGCUUUGGAUACCAGCAACAUGCCAAGGGAGCCGCCCCCACCCUAUCCGCUAUACCAACAAUCCCAGCAUGCAGUGGACCAGAGCCGACAACGUCAACAGCAACACCAGCAGCAACACCAGCAGCAACAGCAACAGCCUCCACAACAUCAACAUCAACAUCAACAGCAGCAGCCUAUUUCCCCCCUUCAGAACAUCCAAAUGGAUUUCACCACAGGCCAACACAACAACAUGGCGACGCUCUUCAACGACCCCUUCAUGGAGCCACAGUUCUCCAAUCACCAGAGCAAGACCCUCCCCUAUCAGCUGGACCAGUUCUCUCUGUUGGAAAACGCCAUGAGCUCCACAGCGGGGGGUUCCUGCUACGACCCUUCCUCUUCCUCACCGUUACUCUACUACUCCCAGGCCGCGCUCGCAGGGCUGGGCGGCAGCCACGGCAACCUGCAGGACCCGAUGCACAUGAGGUCCAACAUGCUGUACUCUAACUGCAGCGGCGGACUGCCCAACAUCAUACUCACCGAUGACUCCAACCCGAGCCUGUCAAAGGACAUCAGCAGCGCUCUCUCCACAGUGCCCGAAUGUUUCGACUCGGAAGGAGGCUUCCCGUUGGAGGACGAGCUGCGCAUCGAGCCCCUCAGCCUGGACGGCCUAAGCAUGCUCAGCGAUCCCGACAUGGUGCUGCCGGACCCAUCGGUGGAGGACACGUUCCGCAGCGACAGACUCUGAGCGCAAAGAGCGUCACGUGGAGCUUCGAUGGGAAAGAGAAACCACACGUGGAUUUGCAGUGUAUAGAGUGUACAGAUCUGAAUAUGCAUGCAAAUGAUCUCUAUAGGGCCACUGUGCAUGCGUCCACUGCCACUAAGAUUCGUUAAAUGUGAAAGACGUGAACACACACUUUUUUUUAAAGGAGGAGACCCGUGAACAAACAUUGUUUACGCCUGCUUCAUGCAAAGCUCGUGUCGCUCAGACGUUGUUCUAAACGAGGUGGAUCGACACAGUUUUCAGGUUUUUUAGAAAUCAGCACUGGGAGCAGGAGCAGGUCUUUAGCUGUGAGAGUGUGCACCUCCCUCUAGACCGCUUCCUCUCCCCCAACCCUCCAACCAAAAAAAAAAAGAAACCCAACAAACUCGAACAUGUGAGAGACGAUGCAGCGAGGAAGCCACUUCUUUCUUUCUCUUCACCAAAGCAGCUCACACCUCCCCGGAGCCUUGGCAACCCUGUCGCCAUGGUUACGCAACAUAGCAACCCCCCCUCCCAUCGCCAUGUGCUAAGUGAAGAGCAGCAAAAAAAAAAAAAAAAAAAAA